AUGUAUGCUCCUAAAGUUGGUGACAGGCUCGAUAGCCUUGACACGCCAUCCAUGAUUGCCGACCUUGAUCUCGUGGAGGCAAACCUCAAAAAGCUUAUGGACAAAUUGCUUCCAACCGGGCUCAACAUCCGCCCGCAUCUCAAAACAACGAAAAGUGCUGCCAUUGCCGGCAAGAUGGUCAAAGCCGGCGCGAAGGGAGGAUGUGUGGCAAAAGUGAGCGAAGCGGAAGCCAUUGCAGCCACUGGGUUUGAUGACCUGCUCAUCACUUGCGAGAUCGUGGGACUAGCCAAAGUCAAGCGACUGGUUGAAUUGUAUCGCAAGCAUCGCAAUAUUAGGAUUGUGGUUGACAGUGAGAUUGGUGCAACGGCUAUCAACGAGGCCCUGGCUGGUUCGGGCAUUGACGAGCCCAUUAUGGUUCUGAUUGACUUGGAUGUUGGACUCCACCGGACUGGUGUCAAGCCCGGUGAACCGGCCCUUGCCCUGGCGCAGCACAUUGCCGGACUCAGACACUUGAAACUCAUUGGAGUCCAGGGCUACGAAGGUCAUCUGCAGCACCUACAUGACAAGGAGGAUCGCAAAACCCAAUGCCUAGAGUCCAUGCAAAUUUUGACCGGCACUGCUGAUUCCCUGCGCAAUGCCGGCUUCAAAAUCGAUGUUGUUACCACAGGGGGCACUGGCACGGCUGAAUUCUGUGCUACAGUCCCCGGUGUGACCGAGCUUCAACCAGGAUCCUUUAUCUUCAUGGACACGGACUACCGUAAUGCCGUCGGCUCAUUCUACUCCAAUAGCCUUACAAUUCUAUCGACAGUUGUGAGCAAGCAAGGACCCAGGGCCGUCACUAUUGAUAGCGGACUGAAGUCAUUGACGACCGACAGUGGCCUGGCAGAAUGCAAAGACUCUAAAUAUACCUAUGGGGUCCUUGGAGACGAACAUGGGUCUCUUACUUGGGGAGAAGACACUCCUCCGCUUUCAGUCGGUGAUCGGGUGGAAAUGAUACCCAGUCAUAUUGACCCCACGGUGAACCUGCAUGACGUUUACUACGCUUACAGGGGAGCUGUGAUCGAAGAAAUUUGGCCAGUCGACUCGAGAGGUAAGGUCCAAUAG